GACACAAAUACACAUCUAUCCUAGCCAACUGAAUUUCCUCUCUAUUACGAAUUCGAGACUGGAGUUCGUCUGGGUUGGACUAUGGUUGUUGUUGAUUAUGGAGCACCUUUGCAAAAUCCGCACCUGACGCGCCACUUUCCACCCAACAACAACACAUCGGAAGCGGAAGAUUUGCGGAACAUGAGCAGGUUAUGGAGUGUAGCGCUUGUAUACCUAGCGUAAAUUCAAUGUCUUUCUUCAAGCCCAUUCGAAAUAACACUCAGUAGCGGAAAGGGUAGCGUGGCUUUCGUUAUCGAUAUGCUGUGGUCUCCAACUAUAACUUGUGCUAACAAAGGCAUGGAAAAUCCAGCUUUCCCCAUGUUGCCACGGCCUCAGGAACCACUGGACUGGACGUAUUCAAUGCGCCGUGAUAUGCAGGAAAUAAUCCCUGGCCUUUUUCUGGGUCCAUACUCGUCAGCAAUGAGAUCGAAAGUAAAGUGUGAACAGUUGUCAAAGGCGGGGAUUACACACAUAGUGUGCAUAAGGCAAGACGUCGAGGCGAAUUUUAUUCGACCAAACUUUCCAGAUAAAUUCCUGUACCUUGUCCUCGAUAUUGCAGACUCCCAGACAUCGAACAUUAUCCAAUAUAUUCCCCAGGUGAAGAGGUUUGUAGACAGCUGCUUAUUAAACGGAGGACGGGUACUCAUUCAUGGGAAUGGAGGCAUUUCGAGAAGUGCUGCACUCGCUAUAGGCUACAUAAUGGAGACCUACGGGUUGCCUUACAAUCAAGUUUUCACAUUCGUCCAGCAGAAACGGUUCUGCAUAAGCCCUAACGAAGGAUUUGUGAGCCAGCUGAGGGAGUACGAACCCAUAUACAGGGCAAAGCUUACCCUGGAGCGUGGCGAAACAUCACAUGGUGCAGGCAAACUUAAGAGAAGAAUAGAAGAAGUUGAAGAUAUGGACAGCUGGGAAGCUAUGUCAUGAGAAUGUGAGGUGAUGCUGCGGUCUCAUCAAUAUGCAGAAAGCGACUGCCCUAGCGUGAAGCCAUAUGCUGCUUGUGGUCCGACACGUCUUCCUGCCACACAAGCAGGAUAUCAUCUAUGAUUGUGAAAGAAUAAAUGUGCUGUGUUGUCUUUGUA